AUGCGGCCAGAAGAGAUUGAGAACAUAUUGAAGCGGUUAGAAAAUGGUGAAAUUUCGGAAGACGAUUCCACCGACAAUGAAGAUGACAUAGACUAUUAUUCGAGCCAAAGAGAUCGUCUGAUGGAGCUAGAUGAUGAAGAGGAUGUAGGUAAUUUUCCCACUGACCCAAACUUGGAUGCAGAUCCGCCUGCAGCAAACGUAGAUACCGACAUGCAACAUAAUUUAGAGACUGUUGAACGAAACCCAACUCCUACAACCAGCAGCCAGAACAACCUGCAAACUGCACCUUUCAACUCUAGAAACUUAGUGUGGAGAGUAAAAAAUAUGGAUUUAGUCCAAAAUGCUUUCCAGUUUGCUGGAAAUAAUGAGUAUUCACAAGAAAUUAUGAACUUAGACACUCCAUUUCAGUUUUUUUCUUAUUUUUUCGGUGAAGACAUUUUGAGAUUUCUAGUGGACGAGUCAAAUAAAUAUGCCUUCCAAAAGAAUCCCAACUUUACAGAACCUGUAACUGUCUUAGAAUUACGUAAAUUUAUUGGAAUUCUUAUUUUUACUAGUGUAUAUCAUUAUCCUAGUAUCCGGUCAUACUGGUCAAACAUUACAAAGUUUGAACCCAUAGUACAAACAAUGAAUCGCAACAGAUUUGAUAAAAUUAGAGAAAUUUUUCACAUGAAUGACGACUCUAAACAUUUGCCCAUUGAUCACCCCCAGCACGACCGACUGCAUAAAGUAAGACCAGUGAUAGACUAUUUGAACAAGAAAUUUAUUACUUUACCAUUUGAGCAUCGUCUAUCACUAGACGAGCAGAUGUGUUCCACAAAAAUGAAACAUUUUAUGAAACAAUAUUUACCCAACAAGCCCCAUAAGUGGGGAUUCAAAUUAUACGUGUUAUGCUCUCUGUCUGGUUAUGCCUACAGUUUUGAGAUUUACUCGGGAGCUAAGGACAUGGACCGUUUACCUGGCGAACCAGACCUCGGAGCUGUGUCGAAUACAGUUAUUCGAUUGCUACGACCAGUACCAAGGCAUGUCAAUCAUAUAAUUUAUUUUGACAAUUUUUAUACGAAUAUUCCUCUGGUACAUUACUUGACCAACGAAGGUAUUUAUUGUCUUGGAACAGUACAGAGAAACAGGCUUGGAAAGUCGUGCAAGUUGCCGGAGAAACGGGAGAUUAUGAAAUCCAACGUACCCAGAGGAACAUAUCACGAAAAUGUGGCCUCUCACGAAGGCCUAGAAUUGUCGGUCACAAGUUGGAAAGACAACAAACAGGUAUUAUUACUAUCCACAAAUAUAAUAGAGGCAGAGUCAGUUAUUAGCAAUAUAACAAAUGGAAGAAAAAAGGCGACAGAAGUAGUUACCCGAUCAGAAGGAAGGAAAAUGGUGGCAGAAGCAGUUGAUAGCAACUGGAAUGAGAAAAUAGAGGAGCAAGGACGUAAGGACAUGAAUUAUGCAAAUAACAACAAUGUGAUUGGUCAGGUACUACACUAG